AUGUUUCCGUCUCACCUAUCCGAUCGCGAUGAGCAUCAACUUAGACGCAAGACUCCAAAUGGCACAAUAGAUGCCGGAUAUGAUGGCAAUCCUGCCCAGCUCGCAUCCGGGCCUCCGCCGCUGAAGCACAUGAUCUUGCCCACUUCUUCUAGCCUUAUAUCCGCAACCAACUACUCGCAACAAGAUCAUGCAAUGAAACGCCACAUUAAGCCUGUGGUUGACGACUGGUUGUUUCAACCGCCUCCGCUUUUCAAUAUUCCAGAUCAUGGUGGUCUUGCCGCCAUCGAUUCGAAUUCCUUGGCCUUUAGGAGCAGCUGGCGACAAGGCUUCGGGAACAACUCUCGCUCUUUCACGGCCCUUGACUGUAUCCCUAAUGGACCACCCACGGCCUAUUACCCUUACAACAAUGGCGUUGAAGUGCCCACGGCCCUGCAACCCAUAUAUCAACAUUCCCCAGGUCCCGCCAUAUUUGAUAAUGGGGGGUUGCUUCCGCCGUCAGCUUGGCCCAAGACGAAUAUGCCUAGUUAUCACCCCACCGCGCAUCCUGGAGCCCUGAACUACCAAGGUUUGAACCCUGAGUUCAUGCCCCAUCUUCGGCCAUCCAAUUCAACCAUGCCAUCAAGGACACCAUUCAAUGGUUUAUCCCGUUAUGAAGAAGGUCGUAUUAGUCUGCAGACGCCAUCCCAAGGACUAGAGUCUCUUACGCUGGAGCCUGCUCAGUAUCGUAGACCUGGACUCGGGGUGAGUGAAAACCCGGCGCCUACAAGGUUUAGGGAAAGGGCACUCGCAAAUGCCCAUCGAUCUUAUGUCGAACUUCUGGCGUAUCUUCACCAUAGUAAGAAAUCGCAGAGCCGUUCUUCCCAUGAACCCAGGCCCUCGAAAAUGGUCAUCUUUCCGAAACUUCCUAGACCGUCAAGUCACCCCAACUGCGUCAUCCCCUCAGGACGAUCUCAAGACGCACAUAUCUACAGUGACCUAAACGGUGGUAACAACCACGUAGUUAGCUCUCGUGUCGACGCGCCGUCAGAUUUAUUCAAACAGCAUAUGGUCAAACAGCAAUUCCGGAGUGGUGAGAUACCCCAUUCAACCUUUUACCAUUUAUUUAAUACCGAGAACUCGGGUGGGUUUGCUGCCGACUCGGAACGGGGAAGAGGUCCUACUACGCCCUUUACGAGUGCCAAGGCUGCUGUCGAGAUGUUGACACAUUUAUGUGAACAAAGUGGCUGGAAAUGGGUUGACGGCAUGCUUCUUGGCGGCUGCUUACACUACGGCCUCGAGCAUUACGAGCAAUCCUUGGAAUGGUUUCAGAGGAUCAUUUCUCUAGAUGAGACCCAUGUCGAGGCGAUUUCAAACGCAGCCGCUACUCUAUACUGUCUCAACCGACAGGAAGAGGCCGAACGCCAUUGGCUACGAGCUGUGCGCCUACGGCCAAGCUAUUUAGAAGCUGUUGAGCAUCUCGUAGGGCUUCUUUGUUCUAGCCACCGAAGCAAGGAGGCUGUUGAUAUAAUUGACCUUAUCCAGCAAUCUAUUCGCCUUCCCGAGCGGCGGGUCGAUUGUGACACAAUUCUUAACGCGAUGAAUGGAGCUGGGAACCUUACAUAUGGCGUUUCUGAGCCACACGUGCACCCUCAUUGCGGGCUAACAAGUGGUCCUGGUGGCGCAGAAGAGUCGAGGCUUCCUGGUUUUGGUUCAAGUGGUUACUGUGUUGCCGGCAAUGAGAACGGUCGUGUCAUCGCACUAAUUCACGCAAAGGGCAACAUGCUAUACGCAUUGAAAGAUAUUGACCGGGCGUCCGAGGCAUUUGAGGAGGCUGUGCUUAUAAGUACUGGAAGGAAGCUCAAGUGCAUUCACUCUCUUAUCCGCAGGAUACAGUCAGUUCUCUCUCCUGUAGACCAUUAUGGGAUGGAGGGGCAGAAUAGUUCGCCCACUGGGCCCUUGCUGCUGCCGCCCGAGAGAGCAAGGCGUACUGCUCAGUUGGUGUUUGCUACCCAUGGUGACCUUCCAGGACUACGUUUUGUGCCAGAUGGUGGGCCGAAAAGGUCGGCGAUUUCUACCACUAGCAAUUCGCUGUUGUCAUUAGCCAAGAUAUUUCAAGAUGCUAUGUCAAACGGAGGCUCGUUUCCAAGGCUAUUGCGCCAGCCUUCUGGCAUCGGCGACAUUCUGGCGCUCUAUUACCUGUCGCUAUCACUUUCUGAAAGUCCUUCGACAGCUAACAACGUAGGCAUUCUGCUAGCCAGCGUUCAGCACACCAGCUGCGCCCCGCAGUUCCAAAUGUCAGAGAAUGCGAAUAUACCGCAGAUACCGGGAGUUGCUCCCGGCAGUGGCCUCGCCCUAGCCCUUGCGUAUUAUAAAUACGGUUUGACUUUGGACUCGAAGCAUGUCCAUCUUCAUACUAACCUUGGGAGCUUACUCAAAGAUAUUGGUCAGCUUGACCCAGCGAUAAAAAUGUAUGAGCAAGCUGUCGCAUGCGAUGGCACCUUCGACAUUGCCCUUACGAACCUAGCCAAUGCUGUUAAGGAUCGUGGACGAAUUAGCGAUGCUAUUAUGUACUACAGGCGAGCCGUUAAUUCCAACCCCGAAUUUGCGGAGGCAGUCUGCGGCCUUUCCACGGCUCUCAACUCUGUAUGUGAUUGGAGUGGCCGAGGCGGUGUAUUAUUGUACGACGGGACAUAUGACCGCUGGCAUGUUGACGAUCAGGGAAUGAUUCGAGAUGUCAAAAACGAAGGUGCUGGUAGCGGCUUGAUAAAGAGGGUUGUUGACAUUGUUUCCAAGCAACUGGCAGACUCGUAUCACUGGGGCACUGGUAUUUUACGAAACGGAACUUUGGAGGCACUGAGCUCCCAGCUUAGCAUAUUAGCGCCAGAUGCGAUCAGAGGGUUCGAUGUCGAGAACGAGCUUCGCAAGUGGGCUGGCCAUCCGUGGGAGGGCUCUAGAAUCCUCCGGCUUGUGGAACGGUCGGCGAAAGCUACGAUGCGACGCUGGUAUCUGGAUAAGUAUGUCCACAAUAGGCCAUUGCAACUGGCUUACCCUCGACUCGGAUUACCAGCAUCUCUAGCCGUGCCGGCAGCACCGACCGUUCUACCAUUUCACACCUUCACAUGUCCAUUGACGGCCAACGACAUACGAAUGAUCUCUCAGCGAAACGCCGCCAGGAUAUCAUGCUCUACCCUGAAAUCUCCAUGGCUUCCCGCUGCCGUGUACGUGCCACCACCUCCACCUAAUCCACAUCUAAAUAUUGGAUACGUAUCCUCGGAUUUCAAUAAUCAUCCGCUCGCUCAUUUGAUGCAAUCGGUGUUUGGGUUUCACGACCCAUCACGUGCGAAGGCCUUCUGCUACGCCACUACCGCCAGUGACAAAUCUGACCAUCGGCUACAAAUCGAACGUGAAGCUCCCGUGUUUCGUGAUGUGAGUAAUUGGUCUUCAGAAAGACUUGUGGAGCAAAUCGUCAGGGACGAGAUCCAUAUCCUUGUCAAUCUUAACGGAUACACAAGAGGCGCCAGAAACGAGAUAUUCGCAGCUCGGCCCGCACCGAUCCAGAUGUCCUUCAUGGGUUUCGCCGGUACUCUCGGGGCCGAAUGGUGUGAUUAUAUCCUAGCCGACGAGACCGCGAUCCCGGCAUCCACACUACGGCCUAUGAGAAAUAACACGAGUCUUGGAGACAUUUUUCGAGACGGCGAGUUUGACGAAGGCGGUGAUUGGAUGUACUCCGAAAAUAUCGUUUUCUGUCGCGAUACCUUUUUCUGCUGCGAUCAUGCCCAGUCAUGUGACCCAGGUGAGAGGACCAUAACGUGGGCGGACGAACAACGGCGAAGAUGGAGGAUGCGUAAAGAAUUGUUUCCGAAUCUUCCAGAUGAUACUAUUGUGCUCGGCAAUUUUAACCAACUAUACAAGAUUGACCCAUCCACAUUUCGUAUGUGGCUACGCAUUCUCUCCAAUGUACCUAACGCUAUACUCUGGCUGCUUAGAUUUCCCGAGCUCGGCGAGAACAAUUUAAAGAAAACAGCCAAAAUAUGGGCUGGCGAGGAUGUAGCACGUCGGAUCAUCUUCACGGAUGUGGCGCCAAAGCAACAACACAUUUCACGGGCGCGUAUCUGUGAUCUCUUUCUAGAUACGCCGGAAUGCAAUGCGCAUACAACUGCGGCAGAUGUUCUGUGGUCGAGCACCCCCCUACUGACUCUACCCAGGUAUCCGUACAAGAUGUGCUCCCGCAUGGCCGCGUCAAUCCUCAAGGGGGCAUUACCGAAAACGCCCCGUGGGGACGAGGUCGCCCGGGAUCUUAUUGCUUCGGACGACGAUGACUAUGAAACCCUAGCAACCAAGCUUGCGCGAGAUUUAAACUAUCGAAAUGUGGACGGCCGCUACUGCGAAGGAUACGGACGGUUAGCAGAUAUGCGGAGGAUUCUUUUCGAGGCGAAGUGGACUUGUGCACUUUUCGAUACACAUAGAUGGGUUGCCGAUCUGGAAAGGGCAUAUGGGGAGGCGUGGCGGCGUUGGGUGGCCGGAGAAGGCGGUGACAUUUACCUAUAG